AUGUCUCCCAUAGAUGAUCACUAUCCACAAUCCUGCGCAUUUUGCGCGAUAAGCAAAACAUAUGCGCCAGACUCAUCAUCACCAGUCCCAAGCGCCCCUAAUCCCGAAUUCCUCGACCCACAAUGCCAUCUAAUACUCUCCACCAAACUGGUGCUCGCAUUCCUCGACAUAAUGCCCAUAGCACCCGGCCACAUACUCCUCACAACGCGUAAACAUUAUCAGAAGCUCUCCGACAUACCCAAUACAAGUGGCAGCUCCCAAGACUGGGUCCGACGGCGAGAAGCCGCCGAAGCUCGCGAAGCAGCGCGAGAAUUAGGAGAGUGGUUGCCCGUCAUAUCGCGGGCGCUAUGUAAAGUCACGGGGAUAGAGGAUUGGAAUAUCGUGCAGAAUAAUGGGGAGAGAGCGGCGCAGGUGGUGCCACAUGUGCAUUUUCAUCUGAUUCCGAGAUAUCAGGAGCGGAAUGGGAGUAUUAACCAUGGGAUGUUGAAGAGUUGGACGAUGUUUGGGAGGGGUUCGAGGGAGGAUCUGGAUGAUGAUGAGGCGGCGCUGCUGGCGGGAUUGUUGAGGGAGGCUAUAAAGAAGGAGAUUGAGGGCUGGCAUGGGCAGUCGAAGUUGUGA